AUAGACCUUUAGAAAUCAAUUCUGCAUUGAUGUUACUUUGAACAGUGAGUGCUAGUAGAACAACCCACACAAUGACCUAUUGAACUGUGCUAUCUCCAUGCAACACCAAACAAUUGAACGCUCCCUUGUAAUUCUAUAGCCCCAAAGCUUUUGUACGUCACUGUAUCGUGCAUACCAAGCCUGUGGCUGAUAUGGCUUGAAUGUAUUCUCUUGGCUAGUUGGGGGUAAUCUAAAAGAGAAACAUGGUGGAUAAAAAAUCUUAUGAUCAGUUGGAUAAGAUUGAAGAAUUAGUGAAGCUUGUCAUUAAUCAUGUGGACCCAGACGUACCUCAUAGACCUGCGCAGGAUCGUGUUAAGAUGAAUCAGCUACAGAGUCUCCUUCAUGAUGCAUUGAUAGCUACAGGUCAUGUUGAGAACUGUGCUAUCAUUAGAAGAAAAGAUAUCUCCCUCAGAGCAAGCUCAGCUGGAUUCACACUUACUGGAGAUGAGAUGCAGAAGAUGAUAGAUGCAUUCAAAGACCCUCCCAGAACCAGAUUAGAAGGCCUAUACUUCCAUAAUAGACUAUACAAGUGUGUCAGGGCAGACAAGAACUCCAUCUAUGCUAAAUGUGACAAAGAUGGUAUCGUGCUAGUGAAGACCGCCACUCUAGUUAUCAUGGGAACAUACUCGGACAAUAUGUUUCCAAGUGUGUGUGUGGAAGCCAUUGAAAAACUAGCAUCAUACUUCAUAGAGAAGAGCAAAUGAAAGACUGCUGGUUCUGAAGAUUCAAUGUCUCAUUCCAGACAACAGAGGGAGCACUCACUCUAUCAAUGAAGAUAUCAAUGCCUGCCGUUCAAGAUAUCUUUAUGGCAUUCACAGGUGGCUCUCUCUCUAUGAUGCACUUUUCAUGAGGAUAUAAGAUUUCUUAAAAAUGAAAGUCAAAUAAGGUGAAAAAGUGGCAAAUGAGAAUGGGAAAAGUUUGUCCUUUUCCAAAAAAGGUAAAACCCUUUCUUUGCAUGCAUGGGUCGGCUGGGCCCAAGAUAUUCUAAUUCCGUCCAAGAUUUUGUAUCACAAUCCCAUGCGAGGGAAAUUUAGGAAUAACAUGUACAGAUAAAUAUGCCUCAGUCUCUUUUGACCAAAUGCAUGUAGAUUAGUUGUAUGCAGGUAAUUUCAUGCUUUGCAUGUUACGGGUCUGUUGUAGAGAGAGAGUUGUGUCUGAACACAAAUUAUCUGAAAUCUUUGUUUCCAGGUUCAAAACUAUUGCUUUUGAUUUUUAGUAGUUGUGUGUUUUUUAUUAUAACUCUUUCUGCAACGAACUGAAGGGGGGGUCACAAAAAGAUAUAAGUAUCACUAAUGGAGCGUUGGAAGAAGCUUGCGAUAAAUUGCGUGUCUGUUUUCAGUCCCUCAAAAAUCAAUCAUAAGUUUUGAAAUUAAUUGCAAAUUUGAGAUUAAUUGCUUCUUGAAACAAGCAGAUAACUACAGUUAACAUUGGUCUAUGAAUUGUAUAAUUGGAACAGAAUAUUCGUAAUUGAUUGCAAAUAUUUUAUUGCAACACCCUCUUAGAGUCAUGAAUAAAUGCCUAGUUUCGUGCACUAUAAAAUGCAUGACUGCAUUGGUCAGAUCAUGGCGAGAUGACGCGCAGUACUGCGUAUCAAUAAGAUUGCGCGUUGCUUAUAUCGUAUACAUGUCGGCAUUUAAGUACGGCUCUAGGUCUUACUUAUCUUUGUGAACCACCCCCCAGUCUGGAAAUUUCUUCCAAUUUAGCUGAUUACUUGAUAUAUAGGUCUACUUAGACAAACUUACAUGUUACUGUACAUGAAAUGUACUUACGUGUUUAUGUGUUAAAGAAAAACAGCAGCUGAAUUUAUCCAGUCAUCUCCUAUUUGUUCCAAAGAUUUGUCACCUUGACAGUCAUUUUAAUUAGGUUUGUAGAGGAAUUUCAUGUUGUACAAUGAGCUUAAGCAUGGUUUUCAAAUAUUUAAUUUCAUUUUUAUUGAAAGUUUGAGAUAUGAGAAGUUCUGCAAAAAGAUAUUAUUGAACCUUAAGAUUUUUUAGGGAAGUCAUAUUGAUUGUCAUGCUUGAGUAUACCUAUUUCAAAUUUUCAGUUAUAACCAUUGAAAUACUUGCAUGUGAAUUCUGUUUUCUGUUGUGAAGUUAUCAGAUGAUAUGACCAAAAUUUUUGUAAAUGGAGUAUUGGAGACAGAACAGACCACAAAUGAUGACUAUGGUUUCCUUAAUACCAAUUCACAUUUUUAUGUUUUAAAGGGUUUGGAAUGGCCUUGUACUGAUUGUAGGUUUCAUUUAUGAACCUCUUUUGCUUCAAAAUUAUAUUAAAAUGUUUUUUUGUGUGUGUUUUUUUUAUUCAAAAUUGAAACUGUCAAACAUUCCAUAUCAAGAAUUAUAGCUCUUUACUCUAUAUUUCGGAGCUAUUUUAUUUCAGCUUCACAACAAUUCAGGAGAAUAACGUUUGCUUAGAGUUCCUGUGUCUCGUUAGUUACAUGUGUAGAGAUUAACAUCAAGUAUCAUCGGACUUUAUAGAGCUCCAAAUAAUUUACUAGAAAACUCCAUAGAGACUGCUUCAUGGAGAAGUACAGUUCUAGACUUUUUUCUAGUGUAAGAAGUGUACAUGUAAGAAGUUCAUUAUGUUAAAUGUUCUUUGGAAAUUAGAAGUGCAAUAUUGAUGUAAUGAUUAUUGGAGAUUGAUGCUUGCAUUGUACAUUAUACAAUGAAAGUUUUUCUUUCAUUUUACCUUGUCUUAACCACCCCCCCCCCUUCCUUGCUCCCCUCCACCUGUUUCUUUCUCCAUCCUGACCCCUCAUCUUCCACUUGUCAGCUUCCCUUCCUUCACUCUGGUUUCAUGUCAUUUUCCUAGGAUAUUGUUUGAAAAAAAAAAUAAUAGGGAAAUACAUGUUUAAUAGAAAGGGGCUCACUUUCCUUUGGAAGAUAAGCCACAAUGUAUCUCCAUAAAACAGUUCUAUUAACCUUGUGAUCUUGAGAAUGUGUUUUUAAAAGAAUAACAAGCCUUGGUCCUUCUACAAAAGAGGCCUGUAGUCAUCUUCAGUGGUUCAGAGUGGAGAGUAUUUCAUGGGUCAAAUAGUGAUUUACUUGACCAAUUUACUCGGAGCCAAUAAGAUGCAAGGACUUCAGUAGCUUAACAACAGUCAGUAAAAAUCACUGAUAAUUUGUUUUUGUGAAAUGCUCCCAGGAUGAGAGGUAAGAUAAUUUGUUUUUGUGAAAUACUCCCAGGAUGAGAGGUAAUAUCAGGCUUGUGAAAUCUCUGAAGCAUUUCAGGUUAUUAAUAGUUUGUGAUUUUUGCUGACUAUUGUUAUAAGCUAUUGAAAUCCUUGCGUCUGAUUGGCUGAGGGCAAAUUUUCCAGAGACAAUCACUGACAAGUUGCUUUGGUGACACAUCAUUUGCUCUGGUCUUAACAUCUCAAAGGGUACAUGGUUCUGAAAUUACCCAUCAUUAUGUAACUGCAUGCCAGACCAAAAAUUGCUCAAAAAUGUGGUUUUGUGUACAAAGUCAAUGCAAAUUGUGUUAUCAAAGGUAUGAUUUUU